GAGCCAAACGCAUUGUCUACUCUGUUGUGGGCUCAACAACAGUGGAGUGAAGCUUGGGCUACGGAGAAAGCUUGGCAUGAGGAUCUUCAGGUGGUCUUUUCUACUCGGCUUGACCAUCCUUCUGGCAGCCGUCCAGAUUUUUGUCUGAGGUGUGAUGGUGCUUUCAAAAAGGGUGCUGCUGCUAUUGGGGUGAUACUCCAUGGGCCUGAUGCAAGGAUCAUUGAUGGCCUUGCUAAAAAAAUUCUAGCUGUCAUUAGUUUUUUUUUUUGA